AUGAUGAAGAAGAAAAGCUGCCAUCGAGAUUGGCACACCCUUUUGCCGCUGUUGGGGAUCAGUACAGGAUGAGGAAGGAAAGCCGCCAUUGAGAUUGGCGCACAUUUGAAGUCCUCAGGCUUGGAGGCACGUUUUGAAGGAAUAAGAGGCGUUGGAUAGGUUUUGAAGGAUUUAUGAAGGUGUUUUUUAUUUCAGAUGUUGACACUGCACCAUGUCCGCCUAUGCUCACCAAUCCCGGAUUUGUUUUUUUACUUGCUUCCCCCCUUGCUCGUUGCCAUUCCCAUCAACUACAUUCACUUGUUGGAGCCUUUUUAGGCAUGGGCCAUCGUCUGGAUGUUGGAGAUCAGGAGAUUUAUUGGUUUGAGGGAGUGCCUCCCAUUUUGUUUUAUAUUUCGCAUUUUUCGGAGACUCCUCAGUUUUAG